AUGCCUGGAUCGCUACCACACAGCGAACUCCCUGUCCAGCGUGUAAGCACCCCGACUCCCUUGGAGCACCACUUCGUUCCAUCCGUCUCGACGCUCUUUGUUCGUACGCUACGUGCGCGUACAUCUAGUAUUCGUUUACGGAGCAUGCCUACCUCGCCCACUUCCUCAGGGCCUGCGCCUCAUCCUGUCCUGCCCGAUGCGCUCAGCCGCGUAUCAAGUAGGAGCAUUAGCGAUUCCUUUCGUGGCGGUAUGGCACGGAGUCAUACGCCGACUGAGACGUCGAGUACGAGCCUUGCUUCGCGUUGGCGUAAUCAUCGCGCGCGACAUACCUUGGGUACGCGAGCUGCAUCGACCCAUGAAAAAGAGUCACUGGAUGCCUCUGACACGCAGACUCUUAUUUGUGGAUUUGUGAAGCGGAGCACAGGGCCUAUGAGCCUCGCAUGGUGGUCCGAUACAGUCACAUCGCGGACCCGUACAGAGCCAGGACGUGGAUGGCGUCCAUUCAAGGCCGUAUUGCGUGGUGAUACGUUGUAUUUCUACAAGGUCCCUUCGGCCAUGGUGACGGAAGUACGCCAUACCUUCCAAGUACGCUCGAUGCAGUGGCCCAUGGCCAUGCUUACCGCUGAUGAAUGGACAGGGCCCGACACAGAAGGCCUGAGUGAGGAAGCCGUCGUUAUCGAGCCGGUGCCGAUCCCAGACUCGUCGUCGUCGUUAGCACCUGAAGAGCUGGGCUACGAAGCCAUUACCUCGUCCUGGACCAACACUACGAAGCAUCCUGACCUGCAGUUAUCGCAGCCCAAUUUGAUGUCACGGCAUUGGGCGGCCCGCAUUGAGUCAGGCACAGUCGCAGCGUUGGCACAUGAGUUGGUAUUUGCAACGCAGAGGCUCAGCUCUACAACAUGGCAAGGGGAUGACUUGGAUACAAAGAGCUUUGUGCACUUGGUCUUUUAUGCUCUGAGCACGACUCAAGUACCAUGGCACUGGUUUGUGCGAGCACUACGUGACUAUGUGAGGAUUAGCAAUUCGGAUCCAGCUAGUGUGCAGCGCGUCAUGCUGUUUGUCGACUUGCUCUUGUGGAAGCGUCCGUUGCUACAAACGGAGCAUAUAACGUUGUUCUUUACGGAACUCACGGCCCUGUUUUCCGACGUCACGGAUAACAAGUCAGCCGCGUAUGCGCCGCUGCAUGCCCAGGUCACAGCAUGGAAAGAGCACAGCACGGAUGAGACCGCCAGUCAUGCAACAAACUGGCUCAACGGCUCGCCACGGAAUCGCGGCGUACGUACUGACUUGGCGCCGCUACGUACAUGCUGGAGUGCAGCGCUGCUGGUCAAGCAAGAUGCCAGUGAAAUUGCGCGCCAAAUUCAGAGUUUUCAUGCGGAUCGUUUGCGGGCUUUUCUGCGCGUUCCCAUUACAGCGUAUCGCCUUGGAAGUAGUGUCACUGAACCAUGGCUUCGGUCUUUCCGCUUUGAUGCGUCGAAGCCCCACUGGCUAACGCAUGUGAUUCUUCGGCAACUGCUCGUCGACGCGGCGCCGGAGCGACAAGGGGAGGCAGCAUCGGUAUCGCGGGCACAUGUACUUACACAGUGGAUCCAAGUGGCGUCGUACUUGCAGCGGUACAGCGAUAUGGCAGGCUGGGUGGCUGUGUGUGCGGCACUAUGUUCACGCGCUGUCGCCGCCUUGGAUGGAUUGUGGCGUGAUGUGCCGAUGCCGCUACAAACAUUGGUUACAGAGCAAUGGGCACCCCGACUCGCAUCGCACGGGUGGCUGGAAGGCGUACAUACCUCCAUUGAUCCCAUCUGGGCUUGGGACGAGGCGAACAACCGCGCAGGGAUUCUCAGCGAAGUACCCGGGGCCAUUCCGUACCUUGGCAAUGCAGGUUUACUGUCGCCUGCGGCCAUUGUCACCGCCAACGAAUUCGUGUCUGCCGUCACGCCGACGGCCCGCAUCCGUAUUCCUCUGGCCGCCCAAGAAAGCGAGUUUCAUCGUGUACGAGCGCUGGCCCAGCAACUUCUCUCGUCGUACGAGCGCGAUCCACCGAUGCCCAUGAGUCCUGCGCCGAUUGCCGAAUACCAAGCGCUCUUUCAGCGACUCUCGACGUAUGAAUUUAUACUGCAGACUAGCGUCACGGAUUACAUGGGCAACGCAGUGGUUGUGGAUGGACGCGUUGUAGAGCGUGUGCAUGUGGACGAGCCUGCAGCGUGGCCAACUCGCGCUGUGGCGGAUGGGGCCGUCCUCUUCUCGUUCCCUGCUGCGUUUCCUACGCUGACCCCUGGGCAUCAAUCGGCCGAUGCCAUUGUAUCGCGGCGUGCGUUCCUUUUGGAUGACACGCCGGGACGGGCCUACGCGUCACUCGCACGUUGUGCGGCGCGCUUCGUGUCGCAGGCAGAGGAAGUACGUAUGAGCGACGACUUGGUCCUCUACCCCAUGCAUGCGCGGAUUGCUGGGCUGGACGAUUCGUCGAGGGGAUCUUCCAGCGCCACAGCCUCGCCAUGGACCGGUCCGCCGCAGGUGCAUACGUACGCCCCGGAACGUCGGUUCCCAGUGGAAAUCCGCGCCGCGACGGUUCCGCGACUGCUGGACAUUUUGGUGCUUAGCACAGAGCACCUAGUCGUUCGCGCCCAGGCGGAGCCACGGACCGAUCCACCGACGUACGACCUGCUGCAUGUCGACUUGAAAUGGACUGCGUACCGCGAUACCCUUCUCCUUUCGUAUCGCGGCUGGAUCACGGCCAAGGCAUUGCUCGAUGCUCUCAUUCAUCGUUGGACAAUGGCGGAAAGUGCCGCCCGUGAGAUGGCAUGGCAUACACGAAUGAAUGUCCCGAACCAGUUUCCAUCGUGGGCGCCAUUGCAAGGAGCGUCCUUUCAACGGGAGCCCAUUGAAGAGGCUCGGCUGCAUGCGAUACGCUGGCGUGUGCUCGACUCGAUCCGUCGCUGGCUCGAGCUGUACCCACGUGAGUGGAUCUCAGAUUUGGUGCUUUAUGAGGCGCUCCAUACGUUCCUCAAGAGCGCCGCAGAGCAGUGCGAUGCGAUUGCAUCCGAUACUAUGCCGCUCAGUGAGGCCGUACAAGGCUUGUUGGCGAUGCUGCCUACUUUGCCUACACGCUCCAUCACAAGCAUGGGCAUGGACUGUGCUGUGCUCCCCUCAUUGGUUCCGACCAUCGAUGUGCCACGAGCGUUCGAUUGGGAACGCCCAGCGCAGGAACUGGUAGUGUACCUCGAGUCGAUGUUGGCGCCGCCGUAUGCGAUGCUGCACGCGCACGACCUUGCACAGGCCGCCUGGACCUUGGAGCAGAUGCACGACACGCGCUCGGCGUGGCUGAGCGCCGCCACAGCGGAUCCAUCGCAGUGCAUGAGUAUGUACCGCUUACUACGGUGCCUCCCGCCGAGCCAGCAGUACGGGCAUGUGCCUGAAGGCAGUGCGUUGUGGGACACACUGCCGCCCUCGCUACGGGAACUGUGCCGUGUCCAUGAGAUUGUACGCGAUUGGACCGAGGCGCAGGUCACAGAGCCGCGCAUAGGCAUGGAGCGUCGUGUGGAGCGGAUCAACCGUUUGAUCGAUGCUGUGCUCCUCAGUCGCGCCUCGAUGGCCCGAGCCAUGCGCUUGGCGACGCCCGAUAAUCCAGGCACACGAGCGCCUCUCCCACCGACAUUCCUUGAAUGCGCUGUGCUAGAGGGCUUGACGACGUCCCGCGCACAGACCUUCCGUGCGGCAUGGGAGCAUGUGACCACGACACGCAACGUGGCCGCCUGGGCGGAUUUGCUGGGCAGCACCCCCACGACGCUCCCGGACGGUCUGCCACACUGCACACCCGAUCCAGGGUGGAUUCUCUCCGUGUUGGCACACUGGGGCAUUCGCCCCAAGGCACGAGCCCAGACGCCUGUGCUCCUGGAGUUCAGUCGGUACAUGUCAGCGUCAGACUUGGUCGCAGAUGCAUUGGCGUUCCAUACAGGGGCACCUACCGAACAUGCUAUUAAUGUGGCCCGCGUGCGGUUGGAUUGGCUGCGCUCAUGGACGAACAAUGCCUCUUGGCCGCAUGCGCUGAUGCUCGAAGAUGCUGCCUUGGAAGCCACGUUCCAAGGCAUUCCUGCGACUGGGCCUCUUGUGUUUUUUGCCGGCGUGAUUCUUGCCCAGGAGCGCAAGCGGGUCGAACUGGAGGAAGCGCACAGACAUGGCACGGAGACGCCUACCGCGGAGGCCCCGCGAUUGGAUACGCAGGCCCUCGCCACCGCCCUUGAGAACGAGGCGGACGUGACGAUCGAUGCAGAGGCGCAGAGUACCAUCCACACGAGCGCCACCUCUAUGACGUGUGCGUCUGCAGCGUCCGCCCACGAAAGUGAUUCGUUGCUGCAAGCUGUGCCUACGUCGCGCCCCAGCACCGUGGUAUGCUGUGCAGGCGCUCUAAUCACCGUAUGGCCGUACCAAAAGCACCCGUUUGUGCUUCACAUGGCAACACCUCAAGGCGACAAAUGCACGUUAAAGUUCCCGAACUACGACGAGUUUGGCCACUGGCUCACGCAACUGCAAACCCUGCCCCAUGUGCGUAUGGCCGACUCGUUCGAUGCAGGGACGUAUGCAGCAGACGUGGCCGAUUACUUGGGCCGGGCAAGUGCUGCGAGUGUGUUUGGUGUGCCGCUGCGGGAACUGAGUCUGCGCACACAGGGCGCCGUGCUGCCCCCGACGAUUGAGCGCGUCCUGCAGGAAAUUGAGGCGCGUGGCUUGCUCGAGCAGGGCAUUUACCGCAUUAGUGGUACGCGGCAUGCUGUCGAGCAGUUGCAGCAUAUGUUGGAAACGAAGCCACCUCAGCAGCUCAUGCUCAGCCGUAUCGACGUGCAUGUGCUGGCCAGUGUCGUGAAACUAUGGCUACGUGAACUGCCUGAACCGAUCGUGCCCUAUGCGUUCUACGAGAGGCUUAUGGAGACGGAGCGGAUUGCCUUGCAGGAGCAGCGCGUGAAAGCAAUUCGCAAACUGGUUCACUUGUUCCCACGGUGCCACUACCUAGCACUGCAGCGCAUGGCGCAUCAUCUCGCGAUGGUCGCCAAUGCGUCCAAAGCCAAUCUCAUGGCCGCUCACAAUAUCGGCCUAGUCUUUGGCUCGACACUCCUACAUCCGCCGCCAGGCCCUGGCAGCGUAGCCAAUGGUCUCGACAACCUCGGCCGUGCCGCUCAUAUUGUCAAAAUUAUGGUCGUGAUGCACCGCCAAUUGUUUCUCCCUUGGCAUCGAACGUAA